AUGGCCUCUCGCUCUUCUUCUACUUCUACUUCUACUUCUUCUCCCUCUCCCUCCCCCCUUUCGACCUCUGCUUCCACCAUCACUCCUAGUUCCUACUUCACCUCUCUCGUGCGGAGACGCCAACAAAAGAAAAUGAGCAUCACUCAAACAUACUACCUCGCCCACACCGCCCGCAAGAAGCUCACCCGGGAAGCUUCGCGGGCAGACCAUGACCUCCGCCUCCUCGUUGGCCAUGCCAACCUUCUGGAUUCCCUCAUGCUGGAAUUGGCCGAUGCCGAAAGAGAACAAGAACGUUGGUUCAACCAAACCGUCAGCGGAGUGACCAAGACCUCUUCGCAAGGUUCAGAAUCCCGACACAUCCAAUGGGCAGAAACCGUGGUCGAAGACCCCGAGGAGGACUGGGAUCCCGAAGACCUCUCCGACGCCGACUCCGAUGUCAGCGACUCCGACUCCGACUAUGAUGAAGAUGAAUAUGAAGAUGAAUCUCACAUCUAUACCCCCGUGCGUCGGCGGGCCCCGUCACCUGUCGCCAUCAUCACCGAAAAGGAAGUGGAGGAGGAUUACGAUUCCGACUCGGACUCGGACUUUGAAUACGAUGACGCGGAAGAUUUGGAGGAAUUGACCUUGACCCGCUCACCCUCCCGACAAACCCCUCCCGACUUACUGUCGGACUCGGAUGGGGAAUCAGAAGACGACACCAUGCCCCCGUCGCCUCCCCAACCGACACUUGAAACAUUCAACGAGAAGGAACCUCAAACCACAGAGAUCCCCCUCUCCCCUACGGAUCUCGACAAUGGGUAUUACGUCCCUGGCCAGGCACGCAGCACGAUUAUCGAGGCGUACUGA